AUGUGGGUAUGCAGCAGAGCUUCCUCUAUUGGUAUGGCAAUCUUGAAGGCCGGUGGGAGCGCAGUUGAUGCAGUCGAAGCAGCUAUCAAGUUUCUCGAAGACCACGAGCUCACUAAUGCCGGGUAUGGCAGCAAUCUGACAAUUACUGGUGCUGUGGAGUGUGAUGCUACGGUUGUCGAUCACCUUGGUCGUAGUGGCGCCGUUGGAGCAGUUCAACACAUCAAAAACCCAAUUUCACUCGCAAGAGUGGUAUUGGAUACCUCAACAAAGCCCCUCACGCUCAACCGAGUCCCUCCAAACCUCCUUGUAUGCUCUGGCGCUACGGAAUUUGCUUACGAACAUGGUAUGCCGGUUCUUCCCGCAGAUGUCCUUGUUGCCCCAGGCUCCAAAGAACGAUGGAUACGUUGGAAACGCGACCUUGAACAGGUUGCAAAUAGGCUCCAGGAACGAGAGAAACGUAUGGAGUUAGACUCUUUCAUUCCCAGACAUGCCUCUCCACUGGCGAGCCGCACGUCUCCUGAAGCAGGUGCAAGUAACGAGUCCUCUUCGCGGGGGUCUAGCCCUGGGGGAAACUCACCGCUCCAAGCUUCCCGAAGCCCAAGCCACGUCGGCAACGUCUGCCCAUCUAGGGAAAUGGCGAACACGGCUGUGUCCAACAGAUGUGGAUCCCCAAUUAUCUACACCUCACAUAAUGACGUUGCAAUGGAAGGUGAUGGCGAGACAAACACCGAUUCAUGUGCUGACGCUGAUUUUAUCGAUGACACCUAUCAUGACAUUGUUCCAGGGGCUAACGUCCCCCAAGAGCUGGCCGCCGACGACAAACCUAAAGAGCACCACGUCCACUUUGAGGAGGUGGAAAUGGAGGCUGAGACCUCGAGCCCGAAGGAUACCCAUAAGCUGACCCAGGCUUGGGGUGAAGACGAAAUCAGUGAUACAGUUGGCGCCAUUGCUAUUGACUCCCAUGGCAACAUUGCUGCAGGCUCAUCUUCUGGAGGAAUCGGCAUGAAGCACAGUGGGCGCACUGGGCCCGCUGCCUUGGUUGGUAUCGGUACUGCUGUCGUUCCUGUCGACCCUGAUGACAAAAUGUGUACAUCUUCCGCCGCUGUUGCGAGUGGAACAGGGGAGCAUAUGACGACGACAAUGGUAGCUCAAACCUGUGCUGAAAGGAUCUACUCGGGCACCAAACGAAUCGGGGGCAAGCCUGGAGUGUAUGAGCCUACGACGGAAGAUGAAGUCGUUAAAUCUAUGAUCCAGAACGAUUUCAUGGGCCAUCCUGCGGUUAAGUCCAGUCACUGCCAUGCUGCAAUUGGUGUGAUGACUGUUAAGAAAACCCAAGACGGCAUCAUAUUUGUCUUUGGUCAUAAUACCGAUUCUUUUGCUGUGUCGAGCAUGAGCUCUGAGGAUUCGGCGGCAUGCUGUACUAUGUCUCGUACCCCCGGAGACCGCAAGAUAGCCCAGGGAGGUCGCUUUAUCCGACUCAAGAAAUCCAAAUCUAGCCCAACUACUUCGAAAUAA